UGUUGGAGAGUUCCCUUUUCUCCAAACUCUCCAGCAUUUGUUGUUUGUGGACUUUUUAAUGAUCUGGUUGCUUUUUAAACCUGCUUCCUCUUGCUUCACCUUUUAUGGAAGUAGAAAAAGCUCAACAAAUUCUUUUAAGAUUUCUCCAACCCAAAAGAUGGCCAAGGCCUUACUGAGACGUCAGCUCUUGACCUGGCAAGCUCCCCGUCCUUGGCCACCUCAUUUCGGAGCUUCCUUUAGCCCCCACUUUCCUUGUACCCCACUCACCACCCUGUUGUCCUUCAAGGACCAGCCUGGUCAGGUGAUCGGUGGGAUCCUUUUCCUCCCAGAAAUUUGUGGGGGGCAUUGGGAGGGGGAGUGUUGAACACAUCUCCCAUGUGUCCUGUCCUUUGGUACCUGCCCCGUGGCCUCCCUGGGCCUUUCCCCCGCGUUUUCCUCUGCUGAUGCCAUGGCUGAGAAAACAGUGGUGGGUGAAGUUUGAGAUCAAUGAGGGCUGAUGGGGGUUACAAAGUGUGCUUAUGUUGUUAACAUUCAUCUGAGGCCCCCUUUAUGUGUUUCCCUUGGAGGUGUUCUCGUGACGGCAGGUUCACUGUCUGUCCCAGGCUCACGGGUUGUCCCCUGUGGUGGGUCCUGGGCUGCGGGGGUCGUCUCCUCUGGCUGCUGUUGAGUGGACUCAGUGUCAUGGUGACUUAGGCGGGGGUCAAGUGAGCAGGCGGGGUGAAAGCUCUGCCCUUUCUGCCUGCCUUGCCAGAAAGAUGGUCCAGCUUCUCUGAAAUAAGAUUUUAGUUACGAACAUCCCUUCUUUGACCCCAAGACAAACUCACAGUAGUGAUUUCCCUGGAACCCCUGGAGUGAGUGUCCUUGGUUACAAAGAGGACAAAUGGUGGAAGGCAGGCCCUGCUGGGAGGUUCCAGAAACACAGCGAGAACCAAGAGGGCCCUGGGCAGUGGCCUUCACCUGCUUCCUUGAGCGGCACUGUGCCCUCUCCCUGGGCCGUGCAGUGAAUUCAGAUCAGUGGGAGCUGGGGAAAGCACAGCCAGGGCGCCCAGCCAGAUUUGCAUGCAAAUAUGACGUCAGCAGUGGAAAAGCAACAGGCCGGUGUGAAAAGCGAAAGUACUUUGGUACAAAUGGAGCAAAGACAAAAGCGGCCCUCCUGUGUCUACUUCUGAGAUGCCCUGUGACCCCGGGCCAGCCCCUCUGCAGAAAGACGGGUGCCUGAGCCCCCCCCCCGUGACCCUCGCCAGGGUUUACAGCAGGGCGGGGGAGCAGCAUCUUCUAGUGUCUUGGAUGAAUACCUUUCUCUCGUGGCCAGGCUCAUUAUCCAUUUUCGAGACAUCCGCAGUUCCUGAAUAAGCAAAGUCCACCCUGGAAUAGACACUUCCUUCCCUGAUGCCUGGUUUUUUUGACCCAUGGAGGCUGGACCUGUGUUCCCGUCAGGCUGGAAGCUUCUGGGGCCAGCUUUCUCAGCGCCACCCUGCACUCCCUGCCCUGAUAACAAGAAAUCACAAGCUUCUGUCAGUGACCCUAUGAAUGCGCUGCAGAGCCUGACUGGUGGGCCCGCCGCGGGAGCAGCCGGCAUUGGCCUACCUGCUCGGGGCCCCGGCCAGCCCCUGGGCGGGAUGGGCGGCCUGGGGGCCAUGGGGCAGCCGAUGCCACUCUCGGGGCAGCCACCUCCUGGCACCUCGGGGAUGGCCCCCCAUGGCAUGGCCGUCGUGUCCACGGCCGCUCCGCAGACCCAGCUGCAGCUCCAGCAGGUGGCGCUGCAGCAGCAGCAGCAGCAGUUCCAGGCACAGCAGCAGGCGGCGCUGCAGCAGCAGCAGCAGCAGCAGUUCCAGGUGCAGCAGAGUGCCAUGCAGCAGCAGUUUCAGGCCGUGGUGCAGCAGCAGCAGCUCCAGCAGCAGCAGCAGCAGCAGCAUCUGAUCAAGUUGCAUCAUCAGAACCAGCAGCAGAUGCAGCAACAGCAGCAGCAACAACUACAACGGAUGGCACAGCUGCAGCUGCAGCAACAGCAACAGCAGCAGCAGCAGCAGCAGCAGGCUUUGCAGGCCCAGCCGCCAAUACAGCAGCCCCCAAUGCAGCAGCCACAGCCUCCCCCCUCACAGGCCCUGCCCCAGCAGCUGCAGCAGCUGCAUCACCCGCAGCACCACCAGCCACCACCGCAGCCCCAGCCGCCGGUGGCCCAGAACCAGCCAUCGCAGCUCCCGCCUCAGUCACAGACACAGCCUUUGGUGUCGCAGGCUCCGGCCCUCCCCGGACAGAUGCUGUAUGCCCAGCCGCAGCUGAAACUCGUCCGGGCUCCGAUGGUGGUGCAGCAGCCGCAGGUGCAGCCCCAGGUGCCGCAGGUGCAGCCCCAGGUGCCACCGCAGACAGCAGUGCCGACGGCUCAGGCCUCCCAGAUAGUGGGUCCUGGAGUCCAGGUCAGCCAGAGUGGCCUCACCAUGCUGUCGUCACCGUCGCCGGGCCAGCAGGUGCAGACCCCGCAGUCGAUGCCCCCUCCCCCCCAGCCGUCCCCGCAGCCCGGCCCACCCAGCUCACAGCCCAACUCCAACGUCAGCUCCGGCCCUGCCCCGUCCCCCAGCAGCUUCCUGCCCAGCCCUUCGCCGCAGCCCUCCCAGAGUCCGGUGACGGCGCGCACCCCGCAGAACUUCAGCGUCCCCUCCCCAGGACCUUUGAACACGCCUGUGAACCCCAGCUCCGUCAUGAGCCCCGCGGGCUCGAGCCAGGCCGAGGAGCAGCAGUACCUGGACAAGCUGAAGCAGCUGUCCAAGUACAUCGAGCCCCUGCGCCGUAUGAUCAACAAGAUCGACAAGAACGAAGACAGAAAAAAGGACCUGAGUAAGAUGAAGAGCCUUCUGGACAUACUGACAGACCCCUCCAAGCGGUGCCCUCUGAAAACGUUGCAGAAGUGUGAGAUCGCCCUGGAGAAACUCAAGAAUGACAUGGCAGUGCCCACGCCCCCACCUCCCCCGGUGCCGCCAACCAAGCAGCAGUACCUGUGCCAGCCACUCCUGGAUGCCGUCCUGGCCAAUAUUCGCUCACCUGUCUUCAACCAUUCCCUGUACCGCACGUUCGUGCCUGCCAUGACGGCCAUACACGGCCCCCCCAUCACGGCCCCGGUGGUUUGCACCCGGAAGCGUAGGUUUGAAGAGGACGAACGGCAGAGCAUCCCCAAUGUGCUCCAGGGGGAGGUGGCCCGGCUAGACCCCAAGUUCCUGGUGAACUUGGACCCUUCUCACUGCAGUAACAACGGCACCGUCCACCUGAUAUGCAAGCUGGAUGACAAGGACCUCCCCAGCGUGCCACCGCUGGAGCUCAGCGUGCCUGCCGACUACCCUGCCCAGAGCCCACUGUGGAUCGACCGGCAGUGGCAGUACGACGCCAACCCCUUCCUGCAGUCGGUGCACCGGUGCAUGACCUCGCGACUGCUGCAGCUCCCUGACAAGCACUCGGUCACGGCCCUGCUCAACACCUGGGCCCAGAGCAUCCACCAGGCCUGCCUCUCGGCCGCCUAGCCGCCACCGCCACUGCAUCUCCGGCUGCCUGCCCUCCAGGGACCGUGGGGCAACCGGCAGCCUCGUCGGGGCCCCGUGUCGGACAUUUCUAGAUGCUGGCUUCCUUAGAGAGCUUGGGCUUAGGUUAGCUUUCCUGCUUUUAUCUUCUGCCUUGGGGACCCGCCAAACAUUUCCCACACUUGGACAGGACUGGGACAGGCAGCUGGCUGCUUCCUCCAGGAGCCAGGCACGCCUCCAGCCCUGUGCUCCUCAGGCUACUAUCCCCGCAGCCUCUGCAGGGCCCGUGUCCUUCCUCGGGAACUCAGGAUCCUGUGUGAGCCUCUUGCGUGUGCGCCAGAAAGCUCUUCUACCGUUUCCAUAGGAGAACGUGCAGGACAUAGGAAACCCUUAAAACAUGCAGAAUUCCCUGAUCACGGUUUUGGGUUGAGAUCGUGCCACCGUUGGCAUGUGGGGCACGCCACAGGGAAGCUCCAGGAUCCGGGGGCGCUGACUGCAGCUCGAGGGAAGGUCUGUUUGUGGCUGUGGGUCCCCGGCCACCGGCUGGGCCUCAUACCUCAUGAUCCUUCUCAUUCUAGCCCUGGGAGUCUGCUCAGCACUGUGGAGGCACCCGGGAGCAGGGGUGUCUGGGUGGAUCUUGUUCCUGGCGCCGUGCCCACUGGUUAGGCACUUAGGCCCACUCGGGUUAGGAUGUUGUCCUUGGGACCCAGCGUCUUAAGAACCCUUCAGACAGUUGAGGGCUCCUGACGGGGUGCCAGCCGGCUCUCUGGCGAUGAGAGGUUCCCCCCUUUUGUAUGUGCAUUACCGUGUCUUCUGUGGUUCUUAUAAUAAAUUUAUUAUUCCUGUGUU